AUGGCGUCUACCGACCUGAUCAACGCAGAGUCUGAGUGGAGGCAGCAGUUUGAGGCCAUGCAGGCGGCCCUUGCUAAGCUCAAGCUCCCUCACAACGAUGCCAAGGCAGAUGCCGAUCUGGACGACGACGACUUUGGCGGCUACUCUUCUACGACCAGCGGCCACGAUGUCUGGGACUUCAUCUCUGACGAAGACGAGUAUGAUUAUUACAGCAGCGAUUUUGCGGAUGAAGGAUCUGGCGCAGCCACGGGCGGUUUUGGGGCCGAGUGGCUGGCUACAAGAUGUGCCUCGAUCGCGGCCAAGAAUGGCAUGGCCCCUGAUGUUUUCCAGACUCAGCUCGUCAAUGUAUUAUCUUCUGGCCAGCCCGACGAUGAGCUGCAGCAACAUCUCACUGACCUGGUCGGAUUUGACGACUUGGACUUCAUUAUUGAGCUGCUAGGCCACAAAGAUGAAGUAGUUGCAUCUGCAGCCGCUUUUCAUGAGGAGCCGGAAACAAAAGGAAGACGACUCCUGACAAAAUCCCAAAGAGAUGCCGCUCUUCGUGCGCAGGACUACCAGCACAAGAAUGCAGCCCUGGCCCCUAGUUUCGCCAAGGAGCCUCAGUAUCCUCAUGUCUACAGGGCGUACAAUGCCGGAAACACAUUGAGUUCUUCUGGCAAGAAAUACGGCUUGCCGGUUGGCAGUGAGCGUCUCCAGUUUGAGAAAUACGAGGAGUACUUUGUGCCCGCUGGAAAGAAAGGAGUGCCAGGCCCCGGAGAGAAGCUCGUCAAGAUUUCAGAUUUGGAUGGCCUUUGCCGUAACACGUUUAAGGGAUACAAGACUCUUAACCGAAUGCAGAGUUUGGUAUACCCGGUUGGAUACAAGACAAGCGAGAAUAUGCUGAUUUGUGCUCCAACUGGUGCGGGUAAAACUGACGCCGCUAUGCUCACCAUCCUUCACACCAUUGGCCAACAUGUUGAGCCAAAUCCCAUUGAGAAUCCUGAGGCAACUGAAUUUGCCGUCAAUACAGACGAUUUCAAAAUCGUCUAUGUAGCACCAAUGAAAGCCUUGGCAGCCGAAGUCACCGAGAAGCUUGGCAAGCGUCUUGCCUGGCUGGGCAUCAAGUGCCGAGAAUACACUGGUGAUAUGCAGCUCACCAAAGCAGAGAUUGUUCAAACCCAAAUCAUUGUUACAACCCCUGAAAAGUGGGAUGUUGUUACAAGAAAGGGAACUGGAGACACAGAGCUGGUACAAAAGGUGAGACUUCUCAUCAUCGACGAAGUCCACAUGCUUCAUGAUGAACGUGGAGCCGUGCUGGAAUCUUUGGUAGCUCGAACCGAGAGACAGGUGGAGAGUACUCAGUCGCUCAUUCGGAUUGUUGGCUUGAGUGCCACGUUGCCCAACUAUGUCGACGUUGCUGACUUUUUAAAAGUCAACAAGUACGCCGGCCUGUUCUACUUUGAUGCCUCGUUCCGUCCUGUUCCCCUGGAGCAACACUUUAUUGGUGUCAAAGGAAAAGCUGGAUCCAAGCAAUCCAAAGAAAAUUUGGACAAUGUUGCCUUUGAUAAAGUGAAAGAGAUGUUACAGCGCGAUCACCAAGUCAUGGUCUUCGUUCAUUCUCGUAGAGACACGAUGGUCACGGCAAGAAUGCUUCACCAGAAAGCGAUUGAGCAGUUUUGCGUGGAUCUUUUCGACCCAACAGGACAUCCUCACUUUGGACAAGCGUCUAGGGAUAUGAACCAGUCCAAAUCCAAGGAUAUCCGCGACCUGCUUUCUAAGGGGAUCGGUGUUCAUCACGCUGGCAUGGCCAGAGCGGACAGGAAUCUUAUGGAGAGACUCUUCGCCGAUGGUGUUCUCAAAGUUCUCUGCUGUACUGCCACGCUAGCAUGGGGUGUCAACUUGCCUGCUGCUGCGGUAGUCAUCAAGGGCACUCAGGUUUACAGCGCCCAAGAUGGUAAAUUUGUCGAUCUCAGUAUUCUUGAUGUACUCCAGAUCUUUGGUCGUGCUGGUCGUCCCCAGUUUGAAGACACGGGUAUCGGUAUGAUCUGCACCACGCACGACAAGCUUCCUCAUUACUUGUCAGCCAUCACUGAACAGCAGCCCAUUGAAUCCAAAUUCUCGACGAAACUAGUUGACAAUCUCAAUGCUGAAAUUGCUUUGGGCACUGUGACAUCCAUCCCUGAAGCUGUACAGUGGAUCGGAUACUCAUAUCUGUUUGUGCGAAUGCAGAGGAGCCCAAUGACUUAUGGUAUUGAGUGGGCGGAAAUACGCGAUGAUCCAAAUCUGGUUCAACGACGACGCCAGCUGGCGAUACAAGCUGCGAGAACUCUUCAGCAAUCUCAGAUGAUUAUCUUCAACGAAAAUACCGAGGAACUUCGUAGCAAGGAUAUUGGCCGUAUUGCCAGUCAGUACUAUAUCCUUCACACGAGUAUCCAAGUAUUCAACACGAUGAUGCACCCUCAAGCCACCGAAGCUGAUGUCUUGAAGAUGAUCAGCAUGAGUGGAGAGUUUGACAACAUUCAGUCUAGAGAUAAUGAGGCGAAGGAGUUGACACAGUUCAAGGAUAUCGUUCCUUGUGACGUUGACAAGGGUAUCGAUACACCUCAAGCAAAGACAAACAUUCUCUUGCAAUCGUACAUUUCCAAGAUCCAGCCUGAUGAUUUUGCCUUGUCAAACGACAUGAACUACGUUGCGCAGCAAUCAGGCCGAAUCUGCAGGGCCUUGUUCAUGCUUGCUCUUAACCGCAGAUGGGGCCACCAGUGCUUGGUGCUUCUCACUCUCUCCAAGUCUAUUGAGAAGAGGAUCUGGCCGUUCCAGCAUCCCCUUCAUCAGUUCGAGCUUACCAAGCCCGUGCUCAAUCAGCUCGACUCUAAGGAAAAUCUGACGAUUGACACAAUGAAGGAGAUGGAACCGGCCGAGCUGGGAAGCUUGGUACACAACCAAGGCGCCGGAAAAAAUAUUGCCAAGAUACUCAACAAUUUCCCAUUGGUUCAUGUAGAAGCUGAGAUUGCGCCUCUGAACCGAGAUGUUCUGCGCAUUAAACUCUAUGUUAUCCCUGAUUUCCUUUGGAAAGACCAUAUUCAUGGAACUUCUGAAUCUUUCUAUAUUUGGGUUGAGAAUUCCGAGACUUCAGAAAUUUACCAUCAUGAAUAUUUUAUCUUUAAUAGGAGAAAGUUGCAUGACGAGCACGAACUGAAUUUCACGAUCCCCCUCUCAGACCCGCUGCCAACUCAGAUUUAUGUUCGAGCAAUUUCGGACAGAUGGCUUGGAUCAGAGACGGUCACGCCUGUUUCUUUCCAGCAUCUUAUCCGCCCAGAUACCGAAAGUGUGUAUACGGAUCUGCUCAACCUGCAACCUUUGCCAAUCACUGCGCUUAAGAACCCUGGACUGGAAGAGCUGUAUGCCAAGCGAUUCAGCUUCUUCAACCCUAUGCAAACCCAGAUUUUCCAUACUCUGUACCAUACUUCAGCAAACGUCCUCCUUGGUUCCCCAACGGGAAGUGGAAAGACUGUUGCUGCUGAACUUGCCAUGUGGUGGGCAUUCCGGGAACGACCAAAGUCGAAAGUGGUGUAUAUCGCUCCUAUGAAAGCUUUGGUCCGUGAGCGAGUUGUAGAUUGGGGUAACCGGCUUGCUAAACCUCUGGGACUCAAACUGGUCGAAUUGACGGGUGACAAUACCCCAGACACAAGGACUAUCAAGGAUGCGGAUAUAAUCAUUACAACUCCUGAGAAGUGGGACGGUAUCUCCCGUUCUUGGCAGACCAGAGGCUAUGUCAGACAGGUCAGUUUGGUUAUUAUCGACGAGAUCCAUCUGCUGGCCGGAGAUCGUGGUCCAAUUUUGGAGAUUAUUGUUUCUCGAAUGAACUACAUUUCAUCCUCGCUGAAGAAUAAAGUCCGACUGUUGGGUAUGUCAACAGCAUGUGCUAACGCAACUGACUUGGCCAACUGGCUCGGUGUCAAGGAAGGUCUCUUCAACUUUAGGCAUUCCGUCCGGCCCGUCCCUCUAGAGCUGUAUAUCGAUGGGUUCCCAGAAAUUCGAGGUUUCUGCCCAUUGAUGCAGUCUAUGAAUCGGCCAACCUUUUUGGCUAUCAAGAAUCACAGUCCUGAGAAGCCAGUCAUUGUUUUCGUCGCAUCCCGUCGACAGACUCGCCUUACUGCUAAGGACUUGAUCAACUACUGUGGUAUGGAAGACAACCCGCGACGCUUCCUUCGGAUGGACGAGGAGGACUUGCAGCUCAACUUAUCCCGUGUCAAAGACGACGCUCUUAAAGAAGCUAUUAACUUUGGUAUUGGACUUCAUCACGCUGGUCUUGUUGAGUCUGACAGACAGAUUGCGGAGGAACUUUUCCUAAACAACAAGAUUCAAAUAUUGGUUGCGACCAGUACCCUUGCUUGGGGUGUCAACUUGCCAGCGCACUUAGUCGUCGUCAAGGGCACUCAAUUUUACGACGCAAAAACCAGCGGCUACAAGGACAUGGAUCUCACAGACGUCUUGCAGAUGCUGGGACGAGCUGGACGACCUCAGUUUGACAACUCCGGUGUUGCCCGUAUCUUCACGCAAGAUGCGAAGAAGGACUUUUAUAAGCACUUUUUGCACACUGGUUUCCCUGUAGAAUCUUCGCUGCACAAGGUUUUGGACAACCAUAUCUGUGCCGAAAUCUCCGCCGAGACCAUCAUGAACAAACAAGACGCACUAGACUACCUGACAUGGACUUUCUUCUUCAGAAGACUUCACAAGAACCCCUCUUAUUAUGGAUUGGAGAUUUCUGCAGAAGAGCACAGCACUAUUGCUGCUCAGAUGGUAGCCAACGAAUAUAUGAUUGAAAUGGUCGAGAAAUCCCUUGGAGAGCUCGAGGAGUCCAAGUGCGUUGAGAGUUUCCCCAACGGCGAUGUCGAUCCUACCCCUCUCGGAAAGAUCAUGAGUUACUACUAUCUAUCCCACAAGACCAUCCGACAUCUUGUGCACAAUGUCAAGCCCAACGCGAGCUUCCUUAAUGUCCUAUCAUGGAUGUGCCACGCAACGGAAUACGACGAGCUGCCCGUCCGUCACAACGAAGACCUGGUCAACGAUGUGCUCUCGCAGAACCUCCCCUUCCCGGGCAAUUCAUUCAACCUGCCCAUGUGGGAUCCCCACGUCAAGUCCUUCUUGCUGCUACAGGCCUUCAUGUCGCGCAUUGAGCUGCCCGUAACGGAUUACGUCGGUGACCAGACCAGUGUGCUCGACCAGGCCAUCCGUAUCAUCCAGGCUUCCAUCGACGUCAUCACCGAGAUGGGCUACCUGUCCAGCUGUCUCCAGAUGAUGAAGCUCCUCCAGAGCAUCAAGUGCGCCAGAUGGCCCACCGACUCGCCGGCGUCAAUCUUGCCCGGCGUGGAACCCGACUCGACCAAGGACGACACUACCCUGGCGAAAAUCAGCACAUUUUCUCAGGACCAGGUCAACGCGUUUGCUAAGAAGCUUCGUGUUCCAUCGGGCCUUCAGCCUCGCUUCAAGCGCGCUGUAUCUAUGCUUCCCAACGUCUCCGUGUCAGUCGACGACAUCACGACGCUCUCCUUGACCGUCAACAUCAAGCGUCUCAACCCCCUCGUUGACCGUGAAGCGCGCAUCUGGGCACCCAAGUUCCACAAGCCCCAAACAGAAGGCUGGUUCGUCAUUAUCGCCAAUUCGGCCAACGACGAAGUCAUUGCCGUAAAGCGUGUCGGCUGGGCGGGCCUCUCUACGAGCGGUAAUUCAGGAGCAAAGAAGGCUCUGGGUCAGGGCUCGCGGCCCACAGCACGAACGGUGCUCAAGUUGCCGGAACCCAAGGCCAGAGAGGCUCGUAAGCUGGAUAUUAUUGUCGUGAGCGAUGGAUAUGUUGGCAUGGAGCAUAGGGUCAUGGGGGUGGAUAUUCCAGCUCCACCGGCGGCAGAUGAUGAUUUGGACAAGAAGAAUCAGGUAAAGGCGGCAGCGGCAGGAGGAUCAUCUGCAUAA